UGUCACGUGAUUUUAUGCAUCGUAUUUAGGAGUACUGUAUUGCGCGUUUUUCUUUUACGAAUAAAUUUAAAAAUAACAAUGGAAACUAUGAUGAAAGAAUUUAAUGACCGCAUACGUGAACUUAAGAAUUGUAUGCUUUUCAGGACAGAAGGUAAUAAAUGAAUUUUAUUUAGCCUUAUUUUUACAUUGUUACAGCAUAACAGAACACCUUCAUAGGCACUUGUGAAGAAACGGACGAGUUGCUUCGCGAAUUACGUGACUCACUUAGCGAGAUUGAAACUCGCGUUUCUCAAAUGUUAAAGUUUUUAGGAGAAGAAAAGGCUGCUAUAGAGAGAACCGAUGAAAUUAGAGCUAAAUUACAGUCACAGCAUGAUCAUCUGGAAUGGAUAAGUCAACAUUUACCAAAGCAUUUACCAGGAAAUAACGAAUAUCCGACAUUUGAUCGGACAAACGUUUAUCCAUCGAAUAGCAAAUUACAAGAACAAGAUACAUUACAGGAAAUUGAUUUAUCGUACAUCGAAGAGAAUCCAUUUUAUGUACCUCAGAAACCAACAAAUGAUACUUUUAUAGCUUUAGGUUUAUCAUAUGUCACUGUAACGGAGUUUGAACGUGUACCAAAAUAUAUUCAUAAUAAUCGUAUAUCACGUGAUAAAGUAAAUGAGGCUAUUGACGAUUUUAAUAAAGUCGUUCGGGAAAAAUAUACUAUUCUCAAAUCUCAGCAGAGUUCUCUAAGCCAUAUUAUGAAACAAAAAUAUUGGGAAUAUAUAGAAGCCGAUAAUGAAGAAACAAGAGGUAAAGACUUUAUUACCGAGAAUGAUCUUAAAACAACAAAUCAAAAAAUCAAUUUUAAGAUGGAUGCAAAUGGUCGUGCUAUAAUAUCUAUUUUGAGACAUUGUGGCAAAAUUAAAGAAAUUCGGGGAGGUGGUCAAGUCAGAUAUGUAAUAAUUGGGUAAUGGAAUAUAUACUGUUUCCCUUAUAAAGAUAACUAUUUUCUGCAUAAAAAAAUGCGAAUAAAUUUAUCAAAUUUAGAAUAGAUGUUUUAGAUUAGUGUAAUAUUUUA